GUGAAAUUUAUCGUCCACGCAGUGCCCGCUUAGUUGCUGUUCGUUCAUGGUGUUCCGAUAUAAUUCGUUGAGCCACCAUAAUAAUAAUUAUACUGUAUAUUAUUACUAUAUAGUUCGAUUCGGAUACGUUUCAAUAAUAGACACGAGACCUCCGUAUUACUACCGGCAUAGAUUUUUAAAUAAUUCCAAUCGCGACGUUUUAGGUUACACGUAUACCUCCAUAGGUGUAUUAUAGACCGCAUUAUCACCGUUAUUCAACUGUACUAGACGAUAAAGCUCGUCCGAACGAACGCGUACACAGGCUCGACGUUUGCUGGUUCGUGGAUUAAGGAUUUGAUAACAGAACGUGAAAGAACCGCAAUUCUCCACUGUCUAAUGGAAACGUGGUGUAUUGUUUUUUCCCUCUAUGUAACGUGUUUUAAAGUGCAGAAACAAAAAAAUAUGCUUUAGUGCUCAGAUGUCUGUAUGGCAUAUACUUACAAGUUAUAUUGAAUAUUGUGCAAUAUAUCGUAGACGAUGAACUUUUCAAAAUUACUGUACGUAUCUAUACUUUGCGUAUCAAUUUUGAAAUAUUCAGAAUCAGUGCAGCCUAAAGAAGUACCAUUCAAAUUUGAAAAUGGAAAAUCUGACAAACAUAUACUUGAUCAUCUAUUGAAUACCGACAUUUAUGACAAGCGACUAUUACCACCGUCAUAUGGUCCUUCAAUAGUCAAUGUCAGCGUAGUGUUAUUUACAUUGUCAUCCCCCGAUGAAUCAAGUUUGAAAUAUGACAUUGAAUUUCUGCUGCAACAAGAGUGGUACGAUUCAAGACUGAAGUAUCCAAAUCAGACAGCUUUCAGCGUUCUGAACGGUAUUCACCAUCAGGGUGACAUAUGGCUGCCUGACACGAACUUUCAUAUGCACGGUGACUUUAAGCCGAGCCAGCGGCCUAUAAGGUUCACUCUAAACGUGUACAAUGACGGCCGAGUUGAGUACACAACCAGACGUCAUCUGAUGUUGGUUUGCGAAGGAUCGAUGAAAAUAUUCCCAUUCGAUCAACCACUGUGUACAUUUUCCAUGGAAAGCAUAUCGUAUGAGAAGUCUGAUUUAAAGUAUGUCUGGAAAGAAGACAAUUUUGUUUUAAUAAAGUCACCUAAUCUGAAAACUUCAAAUGCUUACUUGGAACGAAAUCGAACUUAUGAAUGUGCUUCUACUGGAAGUUGGAGAGGUAAUUACAGUUGUCUACAAGUGGAAUUGAUAUUUAGUAGAGAUAGGACGUUUUACUUCGCUACUAUUUUCAUACCAGGGUUAAUUUUAGUUACCUCAUCAUUUAUCACAUUUUUCCUAGAAUGGGAUGCAGUGCCAGCGCGGACAAUUAUUGGAGUUACAACAAUGUUGAAUUACUUUACGACCUCCAACAGUUUCCGCCGGACAUUGCCCGACGUGGCUAAUUUGACAGCUAUGAAUGUUUGGGAUGGAGUUUGUAUGUGCUUUGUGUUUGCCAGUUUCAUAGAAUUUGUAAUAGUAAAUUGUACGGGGAGGAGAAAUGUAAAAUCAAACAUUUCAAGUAACGCAGGAAGUUGCAGUAUUUCAAAGAAGAUUACCAAAGAAUUUAAAUGCCCGGAAUGUGCUCAAAAUGUUUGUUCGCAUUCACUACUCAUAGAUGUUCUGCCGAAAGUGAAUGAAAAGAUCGCGACGAAACCGUCUGACCAAGUCCAUUUGGCCAUGAGGAUCGACACGGUGGCCAGGUUAACGUUCCCCUCUGCGUUUGUCAUGUUUUUGGCAUUCUUCUUUUUCUACUACUCAGCGAAUGCCAACAACCGGGCUAUAUCCGUCAAUACCAAUUGAACUAAUUGCCGAAGAUCCCAGUGAUCUAGAUCAUACCAUAAAGGGCAAUCGGGGCAUCUGAAAUCCUUUUCCCAUCACAAUCCCUUAGGAUGGCCUGAUAAGAGUACAACCCAAAACGAAAGGUCCACCGUCAUGGUCCACCAUGUAUCACUUAUAUAAAUAAAAUAUACAGACUGUCUCACUGAAGCGUUUAUCCCCGUAUUUUAUUUAAAUUUAAAUUAAUAUUUUUGAAAUGAGAUCUCGGAAAACCAUUGCCAAGUCUGAGAGUCACGAUUAUUUUAAUUUUUUUUUAUAUCUGGUUUCCCUAAAUUUUAAAUUUAAAUUAAAAUUCUUGCUUAUGCAUUUUCAAGAUGGCAAAUUUAUAAAAUCUUAUAUUAGUGUAUAUAUUUCAGCAGUUGAAUUGUUCAUUUAUAUUGAGCAGUAUUCAAAUAGUUGUGUAAGAUUUAAAAUAAAUUAUAUGAGACAUCAUUGUAGAUACCUGUUUAAUGUUUAUGUAUAUACCUACCUAAUAAUGUGAUAAUAUUAAGUAUUAACACAGUGAACACUCAUUAUAAUAUUGAAAAGUAGUAAUACCUAAUUUUUUGAAAUUUUCUUGAAAAUAUUUUACUUAAAAUUGAGUGUUAAUUUUCACUGUUCAAAUAAUCACACUGUACAUUGAAUAUAGUGCAGUACGUACCACUUUAGUGGCGUAUUUAGGUUUUUGUCUUGGAGGGAGCGGGGUAUGAUUUUAUCCAGUAACCCGGCCUUUAAAGUGAGAAGCCUCAAGUUAGGACCCCGAAAACUUUCACAUAUUAUAUACACAUACAGCCUAUGGAGGGAUUGAUCCCCUUGAUCCCCUUCUCCGUAAAUACGCCACUGUACCACUAUAAUAGUAAAUACCGUUUUAGGUCGUUUCAGUUUCAUGUCAUAAUAUCUUCGGUUAAAAUAUCUUGGUCAAAAUAUCUUAUAACAAAAAUGUCUUAGGUUAAAAUAUCGAUUAAACUGAUUUUUUAAAAAUGUUUAUUCAUAUUUUUUAUUUAUUUUAUUUUUAUAGAGUGCGGCGUAAUAGACUCCCACAUUUCCGAGUUGAAUUUAAAAAAAACUGUACAAGAUAUGGAUAUUUUUUUUUUAAUUUACUGAAACUACAUUAAAUAAGGUUUUUUUUAAAGUUAUUUUUUAAAAAUUAUAUCGUCCAAAUGGUUGCGACGCACAUUUGGAGCCGUUCUCGAAAGUUUUCCAUUACUCUCGCCAGCAUAUCGAGUGGAAUCCCAGAGAUUACUUGAUGAAUAGCCUCCUUUAGUUCUUCAAUGGUUCUAGGUCGAUAUUUGAUAACUUCAGCUUUUAGGUAUUCCCAUAAGAAAUAGUCACAUGGGCUCAAAUCAGGGGAGCGAGGAGGCCAUGCAAUGUUUUCCCCUAAGGAGAUCAGGUGACCAGAAGAAAUAUUUCUUGUAAAAUAUCGUGAAAACAACGGGCCUUAUGAUCUGUGGCCCCAUCCUGUUGAAACCAGAUAGCAUCAGUAUUUUCACUCUUCAAUUUUUUUUUUUUUUUUGGAAGUGAUUGGAAGUGACAGUAACUGAAAAAAAUGGUUCCAAAUGUGCGUCGCUCGAAAAGGCAAUCAUUUGGACGACAUAAUUUUUAAAAAAUAACUUUAAAGAAAACCUUAUUUAAUAUAGUUUCAAUAAAUAAAAAAAAUGUCCAUAUCUUGUAUAGUUUAUUUUUAAUUCACCUCGGAAAUGUGGGAGUCCAUUACGCCACACCCUGUAUAAAUAUAUUGUGUACAAAAUGUAUAAUAAUUAUUUAAUAAUAUAGUGUUAGUAUGAUCCUUAUAAAAUUAUUAUUGUAAAAAAAACAUUGAAAAAAUCAUAGUUAAAAAUGAAUUAUUUAAAUUCAUAUUAGUGAUUAAUUAAUACUGGACAUUAUAAGAUAAACCUCUUAAAUAUUAAACUGUUGGUAUUUUAGAGCAAUUUUCCACGAUUAUUUUUAUUUUUUUAUCAUGAUCUCUAUACUUUUUACAACGUGUUGGGCUUGCUUCUCCCGAUAAACGUUUUUCCAAUCGAACCUGAUAUCAUGUAAUUCUAUAUAUAAUUCUAUUUGUAAGUAAAUAAAUAAAUUAAAUAAGAUGAAAUAUAAAUACCUCUUGUAACACUUGCUCAUGUUUUAAGAAGCGUAUGACUUUCCAUAUUGAAGCGAUGCACAAGACAUACCACCGGAGGUCUUUCGACGUAUAUUUGAGGGUAUAGAGAUAAAUUCAUUUUAUGAAUAUAAAUUAAAAAAUUAGCUUAAAAAAAUUUUGACCAAAGACAUUUCUGCCAUACGAUAUUUUGACUAAAGAUAUUAUUUCGAAGAUAUUUUGACCUGUCACCGGUCGUUUCACAUAUUACCAUAAGAUUUUAGAACAUGGGUAGUAUAAUAAUAUUUUAAAUCGAUGUUACUGUUUGAUGAAACAAAUUAUAUUCGUAUAAUCAACAACAUUUUGUAAUUUCUGAUUUCUGUGUAGGACCUAUUUUAACUAAGCCGUACAAAAUAUUAUACUCGGUGGAUGUUUUGUUCAAAAAGAUAAAUUAUUAAGUACAUGCAUAUUAUAUAACUUAUUAAGUAAGUAUAUGCAUAUUAUAUAUUAUAUUACAUAAUAUAUGAUAUAGUUAUACACAUCACACAGUAUAAAUCGGUAUCACUUUAAUUUCUGUUUUUUUGUUUUAAAAAA